CGACCUUCCUGCUCUUCUACCCUGCGGAUGAGCCCAUGCUGGAGAACCUGCAGUACUACCUCAAGACUGCCGGGGGUGAUGCGAGACAGGCUGUCACUGCAAGAAAGGAAAUCUCAGCUUUUGUGAACCAGUCUCUUGGAGAAAAAAAAUUACUUUACUUUGGAGUUGAAAACCUUGGAAUUACAUUCAACGAUCCGGAUUUGUGGACCCCGGAAUCUGUCAUCCCAGAAUCAAUAUUGGAAGAGUGGAGAUCUGAGAAGGAUAAAAAGCGAAGAAGCGAGAAAAAAGAGAACAAGGGAGAUCAAGCUGACUUCAUUGAAGGUGGCGCUCUCCCUCUCCCUGGUGUCUCAGUCUCUCAGGACUCUCUCUCUCUGAACGGGUCUCUCCGCUCAGUUCUGGACGGCGUUCUGAACCUAGAAGAGUGCGGCGCCAUCCUUAGGCUGGCUAAGGCCGCAGCGGCGUCAGGUGACGGCUACCGGGGGCGACGGUCUCCCCACACCCCCCACGAGAAAUUUGAUGGUCUGACCGUGUUGAGAGCUCUCAGGCUGUCUCAGGAGGGCUCUGUCAGGCAGUCAGAUGCCCGUUUGUUCUUUGAUGCUGGUGAACGUGCUCGGCUCCUCCUCCAAUCAUAUUUCAACAGCCCCUCCCCCCUGCACUUCUCCUUCACUCACCUGGUGUGCAGAGCAGCCGUGCCAGGGGAGCAGGAGGGCAGGGUUGAUCUCUCUCACCCAGUCCACGCUGAUAACUGCCUCCUUGAACCCGAGACCAGGCAAUGCUGGAGAGAACCACCAGCCUACAUACACCGGGAUCUCAGUGCGAUCCUGUAUCUUAAUGAAGAUUUCGAAGGAGGAAAUUUCUUCUUCAGUGACCUAGAUGGCAAAACAGUCACAGCAGAGGUCUCUCCUCGCUGUGGGCGUCUUCUCGGCUUCACCUCGGGCUCGGACAAUCCUCAUGGGGUGCGAGCCGUCACUAGGGGGCAGCGCUGCGCUCUUGCUCUGUGGUUCACUCUGCAGGAGACUCAGGCCGACCAGGAGCGGAAGGAAGCAGAGUCAAUUUGGACAGAGAUUCUGGAGGAAGAUGGAAGGAGUGUGGGAGAGGAGGAGGAGGAGGCAGGGAGCAAAGACUCCAUCCCACAGCCCCCCCGCUCUGGGAGACUGAGAGAGGGAGCAAGAGAAAGGAGGAGAGAGAGAGUAGGGUGGAGAGAUGAGCUGUGA